UUUAAUUAAUACGGAGUACAAGUGUAACCAGAAGGAUUUACUCACUCCUUAUAAUGUUUGAUGGAAUUGGAUCAAUUCGCUAAUGUGCAAUCAUCUACAAACCAACCGCCGCUCGCUCCUCUCUCUUCUAUACAUGCUGCCAUUGCCAUUGCCAUUGCUAUUGCUAUUGCUGUUGAUAUGCUCUCCCACGUCUCCUCGUAGCUAGCUCCUCCUCCUCUUAUUAGACGCAGACGCAGGCGCAGGCGCAGUCGCAAAAGCAGAGCAUGCGCCAUGAAGCUCGCCGUCGAGAUCUCCGACGCCUCCGACCUCGCGCCCAAGGACGGUGCCGGCGCCUGCAACCCCUUCGUUGAGGUCGAGUUCGACGGCCAGAAUCAGCGCACCCCGGCCAAGCCCGCCGAUCGCUCCCCUCAAUGGAACUACACCCUCCUCUUCGACGUCCGCGACCCCGCCCGCCUCGCCUCCCUCCCCGUCGACGUCUCCGUCCACCACGAUCGCAGCCUCACCGACCACCACGCCGCCCGUCCCCACACCUUCCUCGGCCGCGUCCGCAUCUCCGCCUCCUCGCUCGCCCCUUCCCCCGCGGAAGCCCUCCUCCAGCGCUACCCGCUCGAGAAGCGCAGCCUCUUCUCCCGCGUCUCUGGCGACAUCGCCCUCCGCCUCUACCUCAUCGCCAACGACUCCUCCCAUCCUUCUCCCCCUCUUGCUGCCCCUGCUCCUGCCCCCGUCCCCGUCCCCGCUGUCCACCAGCACCAGCAGCCGCCUCCACAACCCGCCUCCGCCGCCACCGACGACCCCUCCAGAGGCAUCAGGUCCGCCUUCGCCGCCGGGGAAACGGACAGGUCUUCAGCCUUCGCCCCUGCCCAGCAACCGGAGUCAACGUCAGCGGCGGCCGAGUCCAAGGGGAAGACCAGCCACCAGCCUCGUGUGUUCCGGUCCGUACCCGCGGCCUCUGAACCCAGGCGGGCCACGCUCCACGCGGUGGCCGCGCCGCCCCCACCGCCAGGCACGACGGUGGUCAUGCCACGCCCGCCCGGCCCCGCCGCCGCUCCGCCUGCGUCGGCGUACGGCCUCGUGGAGACGAAGCCACCCCUGCCGGCGAAGAUGGGCCCACGAGCGGCGGUGGCUGCGGCGGCGAAGAUCGCGUCGACGUACGACAUGGUGGAGCCCAUGUCGUACCUGUACGUGAGCGUGGUGAAGGCGCGCGACCUCCCGACCAUGGACAUCACCGGCGCGCUGGACCCCUACGUCGAGGUGAAGCUCGGCAACUUCAAGGGCGUCACGCGCCACCUGGAGAAGAACCCCAACCCGGUGUGGCGGCAGGUGUUCGCCUUCUCCCGCGACCACCUGCAGGCGAGCCAGCUGGAGGUGGUCGUCAAGGACAAGGACGUCCUCAAGGACGACUUCGUCGGCCACGUCGUCUUCGACAUGUCCGACAUCCCGCAGCGCGUCCCGCCCGACAGCCCCCUCGCCCCGCAGUGGUACCGCCUCGCCGACCGCUCCGGCGAGAAGCUCCGGCACGGCGAGAUCAUGCUGGCCGUCUGGCUGGGCACGCAGGCCGACGAGGCGUUCCCGGAGGCCUGGCACUCGGACGCGCACUCGGUGUCGCAGGAGGGCCUCGCCAGCACGCGCUCCAAGGUGUACUACUCCCCCAAGCUCAUCUACCUCAAGGUGAUGGCCAUCGCGGCGCAGGACCUGAUUCCCGCCGAGAAGGGCCGGCCGCUGGCGCCGUGCAUCGUCAAGAUACAGCUCGGCGGGCAGACGCGGCGGACGCGGCCACAGGGGUCGGCCAACCCAGUGUGGAACGAGGAGUUCAUGUACGUGGCCGCCGAGCCGUUCGACGAGCCGCUGGUGGUGACGGUGGAGGAGCGCGUGGCCGCGGGGCGCGACGAGCCGGUGGGGCGCGUGGUCAUUCCGGUGGCGGCCCCGUACGUGCCUCGCAACGACCUGGCGAAGUCGAUCGAGGCCAAGUGGUUCAGCCUGUCGCGCGCGCUGACGGCGGACGAGGCCGCGGCGGCGGAGGCGACGAAGCUCAAGUCGUCGUUCGCGAGCAAGAUCCACCUGCGGCUGAGCCUGGAGACCGCGUACCACGUGCUGGACGAGUCGACGCACUAUAGCAGCGACCUGCAGCCGGCGGCGAAGAAGCUGCGGAAGAGCCCGAUCGGGAUCCUGGAGCUGGGCAUCCUCGGGGCGCGCAACCUGGCGCCCGGGAAGAGCCCCUACUGCGUGGCCAAGUACGGCGCCAAGUGGGUGCGGACGCGGACGCUGCUCAGCACGGUGGCUCCCCGGUGGAACGAGCAGUACACCUGGGAGGUGUUCGACCUGUGCACGGUGGUGACGGUGGCGGUGUUCGACAACUGCCACCUGACCGGCGGGCCCGAGGCCAAGGACCAGAGGAUCGGCAAGGUGCGGGUGCGGCUGUCGACGCUGGAGACGGACCGGGUGUACACGCACUUCUACCCGCUGAUGACGCUGACGCCGGGGGGCCUGAAGAAGACCGGCGAGCUUCACCUGGCGGUGCGGUUCACGUGCACGGCGUGGGCCAACAUGCUGGCCAUGUACGGGAAGCCGCUGCUGCCGAAGAUGCACUACACCAACCCCAUCUCCGUGCUGCAGAUGGACUACCUGCGGUUCCAGGCGAUGCAGAUGGUGGCGGCAAGGCUGGGGCGCGCGGAGCCCCCGCUGCACCGCGAGGUGGUGGAGUACAUGCUGGACGUGGACUCGCACAUGUUCAGCCUGCGGCGGAGCAAGGCCAACUUCAACCGGAUGACGUCGCUCUUCUCCGGGGCGGUGGCGGUGGCGAAGUGGAUGGAGGGGAUCUGCAAGUGGAAGAACCCGGUGACCACCAUCCUGGUGCACCUGCUGUUCCUCAUCCUGGUGUGCUACCCGGAGCUCAUUCUGCCCACCGUGUUCCUGUACCUCUUCGUGAUCGGGCUGUGGAACUACCGGCGGCGGCCGCGGAAGCCGGCGCACAUGGACACGGCGCUGUCGCACGCGGAGCCGGAGCGGGUGCACCCGGACGAGCUGGACGAGGAGUUCGACACGUUCCCGACAAGCAAGCCGGGGGACGUGGUGCGGAUGCGGUACGACCGGCUGAGGAGCGUGGCCGGGAGGGUGCAGACGGUGGUGGGGGACCUGGCGACGCAGGGGGAGCGGGCGCAGGCGCUGCUGAGCUGGCGCGACCCUCGGGCCACGGCCAUCUUCGUCCUGCUCUCGCUGCUCAUCGCGGUGCUGCUCUACGUCACGCCGUUCCAGGUGGUGGCGGUGGUGCUGGGCCUCUACCUCCUCCGCCACCCUCGCUUCCGGAGCAAGCAGCCCUCCGUCCCCUUCAACUUCUACAAGCGACUCCCCGCCAAGUCCGACGUCCUCCUUUGAAUCAACUCCCACGCUACAAGUUCCAGUUCCAGUUCCAGUUCCAGUUCCAUUUCCCAACCGACGUACGACAAAGAGCUAGCAUAGCAGCAACGGCAGUCAGCAGUCGGGCGGCAAAUAAUGCACGCGCGAGCCCCCAAAAGCUAGACCACGACGGAAGAAGAAUCCCCAUAAUACUGUACAAGGCACGCACACAGACACAGGACAGGAGGAGCGAAGGCAAAGUUGGUUGUUGCUACAUUCCCUUCUUUUCUUCGUCCGUCCACCGAUUUUUUUUAGUGACACGAGAUUCCUACCUGCUGCCUGCAGAUGCUUCUUCUUUUUUUCCUUUCCUCUUCUCUCUCUUUCUUUCUUUCUUUCCGUGCCUCUGGAAUGUGCCUGUAUAUUCGAUACUAUCCCUGGGGUCGCCUCUGUCUCUUUGUAUAUCAUAUCAUAUCAUAUCAUAGCCUAGCCAUCCAA